AGGUUGCGAUCCGGCCGUACCGAGUUCGCGGCCACAACAUAUUUACCCAAAUGGAAUACGAGCUAUUUCGCAAAGAAACAACCAUCGUUUGUGGAAAUCGUAGCAGGAUUCCGGAAAAGGAGAGAGUGCAAAUGAGCAGCCGGAAGCGAUGUGUUCCCUGGUAGCGGAUUAUGGCGAUAGCGCGGACUCAUCGGAGUCAGAAUCGUCGGACGAUACGACGGUGAAAGAUGAUCCCAAAGACGACGACGAAAAGUCCGGAACUAGUCAACCAAGUGGCUCAAGCGCGGGUCCUUUACCUAGUGCCAGUGCUAUGCUGCAGUCCGGCAAUGCCCGGGUCAUUCCGGGCAGCGUGUUCAGCAAUCCGUUCCGUGAGGCCGAAGAGGCCAAGCUGGCCAGUCUGGAAAAGCACGUGAAGAUGGUGGACCCGGAAGCGAACACGGCCGAACAGAAGCGGAAGGUGUGCUGGAGUUAUAAGAAGGGGCGCUGCCGGUUCGGAAGUAAAUGCAACUUUGCGCACGAUUCGGAUCUGAUAUUGCGCAAGGAACUGACCGGUGGUGCUGCAGCAAGCAGCAGUGAAGCUGAACCGGAUGACACAGUGCCAGGAACGGAUCCAGAAUCCGGUGCGAUCCCGGAAGUUCCGCCGACACCGACAAAGAAGAAACGUCCCGGAUUGGCCCGUGAGCUGGUACCACCACGGAAGGUACUUCGAAUGUAUCACCGGGAAAAGUACGGGAUGCUCAAAUAGUAGUCUCUCGGAGCGCUCUCAGAUCAUUACCAGACUGGUUCUUGCCACCGGUAUGCCUAUCAAAGGAC